AUGCCGCCACGAAAGAAGACUAGGGGUGGUGGGCGCAUGGCGUCAACUCCUGGCCAUGAUGAGGGGGAUUCCAUGGCUGUCGACACACCAGAAGAGCAGGAAUCGCCUGACAAGCCAGCAUAUGAUCCAUUACAAGACCCAUGGACCGAUGAGCAGGAGACCUCACUAUAUAAAGGCAUAAUCAGGUGGAAGCCAGCAGGCAUGCACAAACACUUUCGCAUGAUCGCGCUAUCAGAAUACCUCCGAAAUCACGGAUACAAGGCAGACGUGCACACGAGGAUACCUGGAAUAUGGGAGAAGUUGGGCCGAUUAUACAACCUGGAGCUCAUCGAUGAGCGCGAGAACACGCUAGACUUCGCCGAGGACGAAACCGGAGAGGACAAAUUCCUGGAAUUCUCCUUACCAGAAGACGAAUUCGGUGGGAUGAUGUGGGCUCGAGGCCAAGUGUCCAGCGAGGCGCUUUCCUCUCCGCCCCAGAUAAAUGCGCCGCCAGAUCUCCCGCCGCCCAAGAAGCGCAGGCGCGGCGAAGCGGCCUCAAACCGAGCCAGCACUGUCGAGGAUACGGAUGAUGCGCAGACAUCGCCGCCGCCGCCCUCCUCGGCGACUCGGCCUGGUCGUGGCCGAGGCGGACGACGUGGUCGCGGGCGAGGGGUUGGACGGGGCAGGGAGUCGAGUGAGAGGCAGGCGAGCAAGGAGACAACAGCUGAGCCUACGGACCAGGAAGAGGUCGAGGAGACGGGGGAUGAUGGAGAUGAAGACGAGGCGGAAACAGCGGAAGAGACCGCUGAGGACGGGAGUCCUUCUCCGCAACCUGACAGCACAAGAGGUCGGGGUAAGGGAGGCAGGGGAGGCGGCAGAGGGCAAGGCAAGAAUCGGCGUGGAAGGAAGCGGGCUAAGUAACCUAGGUGGUACUUGUUUAUACGCUGUAUAUCUACUCAAAAUGUUCAUACAAUUUAUGAGGUUGAGAACUUGAAGCUGUAUAUACUGCCUUCGCUAUAUCACGAUUGACGGCGCCGGAAUAACCAAAACUCCGAGGCGGCUGCACCCGGCUGUUAUCAUGUAUGUGGAUGUAUCUUUCCUUACACGUGGCCGUGUGUUGAUGAUUAAAAUUCACAGUAUGAUUGCCUCAAGGAUGGUCGAUUUGGUGAUUCCGAAGAUGCCGUACUAUAAGUGUACCAUAAUGUAAAUAAUCAUAUGUACCCAGUGGCAAAUUGUGGAGUUUGUUGUAUUGUAUACAGGCCGACAUGCUGGAAAGGCGGCGGGUUGGAAAAGCCGAGGCUCAAUCCCCAACCCACUCCGAAGCCGAAGACAUCCAACUAGUAAAUGACGCU